AUGGGUUUGAUCAGAACUGCUGUUUUGGUAGUUCUUUAUCACCAGUUAGUAUGGAAUGCUUUCAGCUGCGCAGUCGAAGAUGGAUCCUUAGAUUUCUUCUUGAGUGAUGUUGGGGAAAAAGACAAUUCUAACUCUGUCCAACUGCAGGGCACUUUUAGCCAGGAUGACGCUGAGGGAUCCAGUUCUGUCAAUGCCACCUUCAGCCAAGACUCUCCUGAGGGGUCUGGUUCUGUCAACGCCACCUUCAGCCAGGACGAUGCUGAGGGGUCUGGUUCUGUAAACGCCACCUUCAGCCAGGACGAUGCUGAGGGGUCUGGUUCUGUCAACGCCACCUUCAGCCAAGACUCUCCUGAGGGGUCUGGUUCUGUCAACGCCACCUUCAGCCAGGACGAUGCUGAGGGGUCUGGUUCUGUCAAUGCCACCUUCAGCCAAGACUAUUCUGAGGGGUCUGGUUUUGUAAACACCACCUUCAGCCAGGACGAUGCUCAGGGGUCUGGUUCUGUCAAUGCCACCUUCAGCCAAGAUGAUGGGUCUGGUUCUGUGAAUGCCACCUUCAGCCAAGACUCUCCUGAGGGGUCUGGUUCUGUCAAUGCCACCUUCAGCCAAGAUGAUGCUGAGGGGUCUGGUUCUGUCAAUGGCACCUUCAGCCAAGAUGAUGCUGAGGGGUCUGGUUCUGUCAACGCCACCUUCAGCCAAGACUCUCCUGAGGGGUCUGGUUCUGUCAAUGCCACCUUUAGCCAAGACUAUGCUGAGGGGUCUGGUUCUGUCAACGCCACCUUCAGCCAAGACUCUCCUGAGGGGUCU